CAAGCGUGGGUACGCGUUGCAUGAUGGGAACUGAGGUAGAAACAAAACAACAGAACACUUCACCAGACACGCAAAACAUAGUGUUGAGUGGCGUUAUUUGUUUACAUAUGCUCAGGUGACACGCUAACGGAAAACGCGGUGUCGGAAACAAACAACGGCUAGCAAUGUCUGUAGACAGGAUGCCGGUCUGUCCUGCAUUGGCAUCAGAAGGCUUCAGCUCGACCCCUAUCAAGAGCAGCCAAAAGAAAGAUUUGCGCAGACUGUCAGAGGAUGGAGUGGUAUCUGAGGAUGAAGACACAUUCUCUCUACUUUCCCCCAUCUAUCAUGACAGUUAUGAGAGUAGCGAAGAAGAGGAACUGAAGCUCAACCACGAUGAGCCAACCUCACCCAGACUGAGUGACAACUCAAAACUCAACGUUUCUUCUGUGAGGUGUGAAUUACCAAAAGCACCUUCAGAGCAGAUGUACAGUGAAGCUGUGCAGCCUUUUGCCCUGCUUCCGCUGAGUCCAUGGGAAGAGUGGCUAGUAAACAAAAGUAAAGAGCACAGAAACAAUAUGGAAAAAAAAGCAGAACAGGAACUCUUGCAGAUUGAAAAGAAAAAGCAACAAGAAAGGGAGCGGAAACAAAAACAGAUCAUCAUGGAAGAAAAGAUCCAAGAAUGGCUAAAUAUGAAAAGAGAAAUGGAGAAGCGGGAUCUGCAGGAGAAGCAGGAAAAAGAAGAGGAAAAACAGAAACAGUUGCGAAAACAGAAAGAGAUCAAGCAGAAGUCCCAACAAAAAUACAAAGACUGGCUGCAGAAGAAGAACCAAGAAAAGGCAGAAAGAGAAAAGAAAGAAAAGGACUGUGAUGAUGGCAUUUUAAAGGAGAUAGUGGCCCUGAAGGAGGAGCAGGAGAAGGAGCGAUGCAGAUUGGCAGAGGAGAGUUUUAAAGAAUGGCUGGAGAAAGCCAAUGAAAAAAGCAAGUCAGUUCCCAAAUCACCCUCCUGCUCAACAAGUCCUUAUGACAAAUUCUAUCCUUCGCCCAGCUUCUACAAUCCCAUUCCAUGGAAACCAGUCUACGUCCCUCCCCAGGAUCUAUCUCCAAAGAAUUUCCCUGGCAGUAAAGCUCAAAAACAAAGAAAAAAACUUUAACUGUCAACUGUCAACUGACUCAUAACGUGCUCAACAGCACAUGACUCACAGACAGAGCACUGUGGAUAUCUCUCUGUUUUUUUUACUGUCACAUGCACUCACCUUAAAUGUCCUGCUAGCUAGUACUGUGUAUAGUGACACAUUUGGGAGCAUUUCCUGCAUUAAUUGAGUUUUAAUUCUGGAUGUUAGGAUUUACAGAUCUGGAUGUACAUACACUAAGUUCCUCUGACUUUAUAAGAUUGUCCAGCAUAUCUGAUACCCUGGCUCAUUUUUGAAUGAUGUAGAUUGAAUGAAAUUCAAAUAAUAACUAAAUAUUUUACGAACA